ACACACACACACACACAUCGCAAAUAUCAUUGCUCACAAUCAUAUCGCAUAUAAAGCUAUUCAUCAUCUGACCGUGUAGAAAAGAAAGUAAGACGAAAGGAGCACGCCUGGAUUCUCACUGAUCUGUGUGAUCUGUAGCUUACCGUUUAUAUUCACACUUCUCUUACUUUUGACUUCUGUGAUUUACUGUAACGGAGGAUUCGUUGUCUCCGGCAUGUUGCUGAUAAUUGUGGUUUUACUGGUGAAUCUCCAAAUAGAGACUUCAGUGUCGUUGACUGUGGUGGUUCCUCCUGAUCCUAUAGUGGCUCAUGUGGGAUCCACAGUGAUUCUUCCCUGCUGGAUCUCUCCUCCUGAGAACGCUGAAGCUCUGGAGAUCCGCUGGUACCGUCAGGAUCAGUUCAGCAAUCCUGUUCUCCUCUAUAAUCACGGAAAGAUCCAGGACAUCCAGGAGGAAUCAUACAGGAACCGAAGCUCUCUGGCUCUGCGGUCAGAUCAGUCUGGUGGACUGAAGGAUGGAGAUGUCUCUCUACGGCUGGAGAAACUCACUUUUCAGGAUGAAGGUCCAUUUCACUGUUAUGUGAGCGGAGAACAUUCAUAUGGGAGUGAAGAGGUGGUUCUCAAAAUCACAGCUUUAGGAUCCGCUCCUGUCCUGUCUCCAGAGUCUCUAGAUGAUGGUCGUGUGAACAUCAGCUGCAGGUCCAGUGGCUGGUAUCCAGAGCCCAGUGUCUCCUGGACGUCAGAUGAAGGAAGGGUUCUCCGUCCUGGAGGAACAUCUCACACUCGUGGAGCAGAUGAGAUGAUCUCUGUCCACAGCUGGACGGCCGUCUCUCUCUCAGACGCUCAACUGGUCUCAUGUUCAGUCUCUCUCAGAACUGGAGAAUUAAAAGAAGGAAGACUGAGCAUACAGGGCAUUGUGUCUUCAGGUCCAUGGAAGGCUCUCUUCCUUACGUUUAUCAUCUGUGCUCUUCUGGGUUUGGUUGGAUUCAUUCUUUACAAAUACAGACACAAACUAACAGGGAAGGAACCAGUCAAAGAAAUUUGUGAGGAGGAAACUAUGGAGAGACUGACCAAAGAAGAUGAACCAAAGAAAGAACCAGACUGUGAGGAGGGAACUCUGCAGAUUCUGAGAAAGGAAGUUGUGGAAGACAUCAAUAUAGAAGAACUGAGGAAACAUGCAGAUGAGAUCACUAUUGACCGUGAGCGUUCACAUCCAGGUCUGAUUGUUUCUAGAGACUGUAAAAUGGUGAUGUAUCGUCCAGAAUAUAAACCCACUGGAGAGGGAUUUCCAUAUGAAUUAUGUGCUUUUGGAGCCCAAAGGUUCACCUCUGGUCGUCACUAUUGGGAAGUAGAGCUGUCACAAAUAAAUAGACCUACCAAAAACUUCUGGAUAAUUGGUGUGUUGAAACAUGGAAACUUUACUAGAAGAGACAGAUCUGCUUUAACUCCAUCAGCUGGUUUCUGGUUCUUGUGUUCAGACGGUCCUCGUGGCUUUUACACCAACACUGAUCCACCAGUUAAACUCUCUCUGACACCGAGACCUGAACGACUUGGAGUUCUGUUAGAUUAUGAUCACGGUGAGCUGUCAUUUUACAACGUCACAGAGAGAAAACAUCUCCUGACCAUCAGCAGCAGAUUCUCUGGAUCAGUUGUUCCUCUCUUCAAUCCUGGUGUUGGUGAUAAGAGUCCGAUUACCAUCCUGGAUCUUCCAAAACCUGUAGAAUCAGCUGUAGAAUUAGUUGUAAAGUCCAGUGAUAAUCCAGAAACUGUAGAAUCAGUUGCAGAGUCCAGACAGUCUUUAACAAUAGCUCAGAAAGCCUGACUGACUAAUGCAGUUUAAACAAAUGGGUGAAUGUACAAUAAAAUACCAUGAACAAUCUACAAAAAUGUAUUAGGAUGUAGUAAGGUGCUGGGAACAUCAAGCUCAUGGGAUUGUUUCUUAUUAAUCAUGUGUACUUAUAAAACAUACAACUUGAACACAGUAUCAUCAAUUCAACCAAAAGUCAAUUUAUGACAACUUCAGAUGAUGUCAUCCAAUCUUACAACGUCACAAGCACAUUUGAAUCCUCCUUGACCACUUCUACAUACACACUAUAUUAUGUGGGGAAGUUGUGGCCAAGUGGUUAGAGAGAUUGACUCCUAACCCUAGGGUUGUGGGUUUGAGUCUCGGGCUGGCAAUACCAAGACUGAGGUGUCCUUGAGCAAGACACUGA